GAUGGGCGGGGCGCGGUUCGCAGCGUCUGUGGUAACGCAAUCUGCUGCAGAGGAGCAGUCGUGAGACAGUGAGAGACCAGACAACGGGUUGGCGGCCGCGGAACUGCGUUGGGGGCCCUUUUCUCUGUCCUUGAGGCUGGAGAAAGGAGAAAACAUGACUGCUGGUUCAGUGUGUGCCCCUCAGAUCAUACCUCUGCGAGUGCCUCAGCCUGGAAAAGCUAACCAUGAAAUUGAUACCAAUACGCUUUUGGAAAUGAAAUCUGACACCCCAGAUGUCAACAUAUAUUACACCCUGGAUGGCAGCAAACCUGACUUCCUAAAGAAAGUUGGUUCUGGUGAAAAUAAUACAUUUAAAUAUAUAAAACCUAUCACUCUGCCUGAUGGAAAAAUACAAGUUAAAGCUGUUGCUGUCUCUAAAGACUGCAGACAGAGUGGGAUUGUGACAAAGGUGUUUCAGGUGGACUAUGAACCACCGAAGAUGGUCUCUCCCGACGACAAUGUUGAAGAUGCUCUCAAGGGGUUCUCAAAGCAGGAAUUAAAAAAUGGGUUUGUCGGACCAAAACUAAGGAAGAAGUAUAAGAAUGCUGAAAAUAAAUCAACUUGGAACGUUAACCUUAGACGGCUUGCAGACCUCAAGGUAGAUGAAAGAGCAGACCCUAAAACUCUGAAAGAUCUUCGCUUCGCAGAGAGGCCACUGGAAAUCCCAGCCUACCAUGAGGGAGCGAGUGCUCGACUACAUACUCACCAGGCCCAGUCCCCUGGCUUUGCACACAUAACUGGCCAGAAGACUCUGACGAGCACUGAGAUCAUGAGGAUCCAGAGGGAGACAGACUUCCUCAAGUGUGCCCACUGUCUGGCUUCCCGGCCAUCUGAUCCUUUUGCUCGCUUCUGUCAAGAGUGUGGCGCUCCUGUCCCACCCAUAUUUGGCUAUCGUCUUCCACCCCCGGAAGGGGCUCAGAUGGGCCUGUGUGCAGAAUGUGGCAGUAUGGUCCCCAUGAACACCCCCAUCUGUGUGGUGUGCGAAGCUCCUCUUGCUCCACAGCUGCGGCCACAGGCCAGCCUCUACUUGAAGGAGAGGGUGAUCUGUCGCACCUGUGGCACUGGGAAUCCUGCUCAUCUGAGAUACUGUGUCACCUGUGAGGGGGCCCUGCCUCCAACACAAGAGCAGUGGCUGUGCAAUGGAGAUGAAGUCCCUCAUCCACCCACUCGAAAUGGGGAGACUAUUUCCUGCUCCAGAUGUGGCUGCCAGAACCUCUGGGACGCAUCCUUCUGUGACUGGUGUGGAGCCAUGCUUGGCAUUUCUGCUAGCCGCUCUGUCUGCCCGAAAUGUGGGGCCAGCAAUCACCUGACUGCCCGAUUCUGUGGCUCCUGUGGUAUUUACGUGAAGUCCAUAACACGAUUUAGAAUGAACAGCAGCUUGGCCAUAGUUGCUGGGGGGCCUCGCCCAUUUCCUGAGCCCCGACCUGCCUGGCAGCCCCUAAAUGUCCAUUUGCCCACAUCUGCCACUGGGUCCAAAAAGGACAUGGGCACACAGACCUCUGGCCUGUUCUACCCAUCUGGCAAACUCCUGGCAAAGAAGGAACUGGAGGCGGCUUCUCACAGGCAGAGGCAGGAGAAGAUGAGUGACCACAGGCUGGUCCUCACAGCUGUCAGCCCAGGAAGAGGCUACUGGAGAAAACAGUUGGAUCACAUCUCUGCUCACCUCAGGUCCUAUGCUCAGAACAACCCUGAAUUCCGGGCCUUGAUUGCAGAGCCCAGGAUGGGAAAGCUUAUCUCUGCCACUGUCCAUGAAGAUGGCUAUGAAGUUAGCAUCAGGCUGAACUAUAUUCAAGUCUCAAACAAGAGCCUGUACUUCAACAAGUCGAUGAAUCUCAGUGACCACUUUCUGAGCACUGUCACCGAAGGUGGGAAUGGGCUGUAUGACAGCAGGUCCAGCUUAGUGAGUGCCUACAGCCAGAGCAUCUCAGACACCCCCGAAAGUAUCAAGAAGAUGAAGAAUCUCAAGGCCAAAGGCUUCGUAAACCCAGAGCCACUCACACCUGAAAACAAACUCCUGCUGGAGGAAGUUGGCUCCACAGGGAAAGGAAGACUGUCUGUGCUGGAACAGCUGCUGGAUGAAGUGAGUGCCAUCAGAACGGGCCUCUCUGCAGAGAUCAGCCUGGGAGCAGACCCUAACUGCUGUGAUAGUCAAGGUCGACCUGCUGUUAUUGUGGCUGUUGUGAAUAAACACUAUGAAGCCAUUCCAGUUCUCGCUCAGAGAGGAGCAGACAUCGACCAGCAGUGGGGACCGUUCAGAAAUACAGCUCUUCACGAAGCAACUCUACUUGGCCUGGAAGGAAGGGAGAGCAUCGCCACUUUACUGGGGUGCAAUGCAAACACCCAAAAGAAGAACACAAGAGGCCAGACAGCAUAUGACAUCGCUCUGGAGAUGGGGGAUGACCUCACCUCUUCACUCUUUGCCACCAAGUUCACCCAAGGUCUGGAGGACCAACUUUCUCCACCUGGGAACCACAUCGUAGGAGACAAUUAGAUAUGAGGGAUUCAGGAGGUUGCAAAGAGACUACCCAGCUAUAGAUGUUCUAAUUUUUGGAAUGUGUAUUUAAGUAUAAGAAUUAGGGUUGAAAAUAACUCAAAACUCUGUGUGUGUGUGUGUGUGUGUGUGUGUGUGUGUGUGUGUGAGAGAGAGAGAGAGAGAGAGAGAGAGAGAGAGAGAGAGAGAGAGAGAGAGGAGAGAGAUUGUGUGUGUGUGUGUGAGGAGAUUAUGUGUGUAAGAGAGAGAUUGUGUAUGUGAGAGAGAGAGGAGAGAGAUUUGUGUAUGUGUGUGUAAGAGAGAGAGGAGCAUUUGUGUGUGAGAGAGAGGAGAGAUAUUGUGUGUGUGUGUGUGUGUGUGUGUGUGUGUGAGAGAGAGAGAGAGAGAGAGAGAGAGAGAGAGAGAGAGAGAGAGAGAAGAGAUUGAACCUAGGGCCUUGCAGAUGCUAAGGCAAGUGUUGUACCACUGAGCUAUAUUCCUAGCUCUAUUUUUGAAAUAAGAUCUCAUAAAGUUGCUCAGGCUGGCCUUGAGCUAACUCUGUAGCAUAGACAGGCCUUGAACAACAUGGGAUCUUCCUGCCGCAGCCUCCUAAGUAGCUGAGAUUACAGGUUGUGACAAACCUAGUUUUUUCUUUAAGUUGGUAUAACUACUCAAUACCACAUACACCUUAGAGUAUGGUAAAAUUAACGUUUUGUGUUUUAUUGUUUUGUUUUCCUUUUUUUCUGAGACUAUAUAGACAUGGCUGGCCUAGAAUUUGCUAUGUAGACCAUGCUGGCCUUAAACUUAUCACAGAGAUCUGUCUCUGUCUUCCAAAUGCUGGCAUUAAAGGCACGUGCCACCAUGUCCAGAUUUUUUUUAAUAUUUUAUUGAUAAUUUUGAAAUUUGGAUUUUAAUUUUUUGUUUUUAUUUAUUAUUGUUUUUGAGACAGGGUCUCAUGUGUCUUGUCCUUGAACUUGUUGUGUAGCUGAGGAUGACCUUGAACUUGUUAUCCUGUUCCCUCCAUCGUCUAAGUGCUGGGAUUACAGACUUGUACCACCACGUUAGAGUUUAUGUGGUACAGAGGAUUGAACCCAGGGCUUCAUGCAUGCUAACCAAAUACUUUACCAACUGAACUACAUUCCCAGCCUGGUUAUUAAUUUAUCUUUCUAUAGAUAAUAAUUACUUGUGGUCAAAAGCCAAAAAAUAUAAAGUACUAUAUAGUAAAGUUCUCAUCCAGGUUCUUCAACCAUUGCUUCGUCCUCAGAAUCAGCCAUGUCUCUGUAGAGGUGGAACAACAUUAUAUAAUCACAUAUUUAUGUGUAUACAAGGAGUAUAACAUAAAAAUAUAUAGCACGUAUAUAUCCUACCCUAUAAUAUAGCUUAACUAAAUAAUUUGUAAGAAUUCAUAGCAGAAUGGCUGUAUCCUUUCCUUAGCAGAAAGUAGACAGUGUAUCUGAAAAGUCUCUUCCCAAUGUUCAGAACUGGAUGACCCUGUUUUGUGCUCCCUCAAACUGGACUCAGUCUAUCUCUGGUCUCUUUUCCCUCCUCCCAGUAGUUCUCCCUGCCUGGUGGUGACCCCUCACCCACAGCAGACAGAUGGCUGAAAACAAUUCUACUUGGAUGAGAGCUUUACUGGCUCUUCCUUUCCUACAAAGGAUCACAGAAGUAUGUUCCUAGGAAUGGGUUUAAUAUUGAUGUAACUUAGAUUCUGCUAAAUCUGCUGAAAGCAAGAACACACUUACUUAGCAUGGCAUUGUGUUUCUUAAUGGCUGUUCCUCUUGCCCCAACUCACGUCCUCACCCUUGAUGUGAUGUUCGGAACAUCCAUCAGGAAAGAUUGCCACUGUCUAUAAGAGACCUGAGAGGUCUCUUCCUACAGAUUUGUGGACAUCUGGUUAGUGCUACCAGAUGCUUCUGUGACUACAGUUUUACAGGUGUUUUGUUUUCUACCUUCUGGCAAGUCUCUCAGGCUCCUCCUUUGGAGAACAUUCCACGUUCUCAUGGGUCAUGGUCCUCCAGCAGCUAUCUCUCUCUCUCUCGCUUUUAUUUACAAAAUAGUACAUGUGAGUCUACUUGGAAAGAGAGGUUAACUGCCAUCUUGCCUGCCUCUCUGUGUAAUGGGUGACACAGUUGGUCACAAUCAGUGACCCAAUAGUAAUUAUGAUCUCACAUUCCUUAGAGCUGCUUUUGCCAGAAGUUACUCUAUAAAUCCUGUUGAGCAAUUUGAACCCCAAAUCUUCUGCCUGGUUAUCUGUUCUGUGUACAUCACUUGAAAACCAUGGAACUAUUCCCACACAUACUGGCACACUCAUCGAGUUGACAUAAAACAGUCUUAGAUACAGCACUGGGGAAACACAGACAGAAAGUGGCAAGAGAAGACAGAGAAAUCAGACCAGCUAAAGCUGUUGGAACAUUAUGGUAAAUGACAUCAAUAUGGUUCUUAGAACAUACAAAAGAGGGUAGGUAGGUAGGCCAAAAAUGAUAAGUCCAGUUGAGCAGGGAGAGGCUCGGUGACCAUUCAUGAGUGGAGGCAUUGAUGGGAUAGAGAGGUCAUCUGAAGGUUAGACUUGCAUGGUCCAAGGAAGGAGCAUCUGAUUAGCAGAAUACUUCUCCAGACUGUUGUCCAUAUAGGGCAUUAGUGGAUAAAGAGGACUAUUGAGUUCUUAACUGAUUGGUGGUAACAGUCCAACCAAAGGGACAUUCUAUAGAGCCUAUGCUGUUUGGUGUUAGGUAAAUUCAUAAUGCAAUCCUCUGGCGUAUGCUGAAGACAAUAUGUACCCCAUUCCCCACAUAACAUAUCUGAAGGCUUCAGUAAACUUCACAGGCUGAUCUCCUUGUAAUCCCCUGGGGUCCUCUGUCUUUAGCAAAGUUGAAUUUGUAAGGUUGAGACAAAAAUGGUAUUCUCAAGCAGGUACAUAGUCUCCUGUGACAGCUAAAGCAGAGCUCUCCAUUGUUUUUUAUCUGUUACCAUUUCGGCCAGUCUGGAUCUUUCUAUCUCCGUGUCUCUGUAUCUAUUGUAAGAACCCAGGAAGAGCUGUAGAUUUUCUUGGUUGGCAUUUUUGGUGGGAUGCAGUCUAUAGGUUUGAGUUAAGUUCAGGUUACCCAAAGUGUUGAGCCAAAAAUAGUAUCUACAAAACAUGGAUCAAGUCUGAGAGUCUAAAAGCUGCCUAGACAAUUCAGCUUUGAACACAGGCCUUCCACGUAUUCUAGAUUCAUUGAAUGCAAAUCUUUUAAAGGUGUAGGCAGCACUUAGGCCAGCUCAUGCAUUGUGUACCAUUAGGACCCUGUUGGGAAUGGGUCUGCACUUUCUUGCCUACCAGAGACAUCCACGUGGCAGACAGCAAAGAGCUGGUGGUCCCUUGCAUAUUCUCAAGAUUAACAUGUUGAAACAGGAUUUUUGGUUGUGUCUAAUACUGUGAAAUAACAGUAUAAGUAGUCUGUUUCCCUUCAGUAAGCUUCUUCAGUGAUGUGACCAUACGGGUUGUUUCUGUGUUAUAUUCCUGACAGCCAAAGUCCUGAAGGUGCCUUUUCACUUUAAGGUGGUUGAUCACUGAGUUAUGAGAAAUAGGUGAGAAUAGAGGAGUCCCAAGAAUAAGCCUUUAAGAAAUGUGGACUGGUGAGAUGUCUUUUAGUGGUUGAAGGUGUGUCUUUGAAGGGACUUGUGGGAUCUCCUCAUUCUCUUUUGCUUCCUGGUGAUGAGGUGAAUGGUUUUGUUCUGGUUUGAUGUAGUGCCUUGCCACAGGCUCAAAGGCAUGGAACCAAAUGAUCAUGGACUAGAAACUUCAAAAUUGUGAGCCAACACCAAACUUUUUGUUUGUAAGUUAUCUCCAGUAUCGUGUUAUAGUGAUGAGAAUCUGACUAGCACAAUGUUGUGCCUGCAUGCUUACACACCAAACCUCCAUGCCUGAGGCUUUAACUCUUAUGUUUAAUUAUAGCUUCUGGCCCAAGGUGGGUUCUUAGGAAAUACUUGUGAAAAAUCACUUCAUGGUAUUUUGAAUGGUCAAUGUGCCUAAAGGAUAGCUUUGCAAAAUAGAUAUCUCAGCUAUUAAGUGUGGAAAACAUUUAUUUUUCUGAUAUAAGGUUAUACUCAAAGUGAACAUGCAUAUGCUAGCAAAUUUCUAAAAUGAAUCAAUAUCUUGGUUGUAUUGGCCUAUGCACUGUGAGAAGAGUAAUGUUAAUGCAGGUUUUGCCUCCUGGACAUGUGUAUAGUUGAGGUCUCAGCAGAGUUAUCAACUGUGCUUAAUCCUGUGUUUAUCCUGUGCAGACAAGUGAUUGUCUCAUAAAAUAUUUCAUUCUUAGAGCACUAUAAGAGUCUAAAACAGCAGAAAAUUCAAAUAAAGUAAAAACUGCUGAACUACACAUUCUUAGAGUGUCUGUUUUCUCAAAGUUUCUGUGCAUGUCAGAUCUCAGCAAAGUGAUUAACUGUUUAUCCUGUGCAGACAAGUGAUUGUCUCAUAAAACAUUUCACGUGUGUUGUAAGAAUCUAAAACAGCAGAAAAUUUAAAUAAAGUAAAAACUGCUGAACUACACAUUCU